AUGGCCUCCAACCACAACGACAACCCGUGGGCAGACCAAGGGAAUCAACAGGGCCAGAGCCACAACCCCUACCAAGCGUACCAAGACCCGCCUCAAAAUCCUUAUGCCCAACAACCACCUCCGAAUCCAUUAGGUCAACAUCCUCCUCAGGAGCCACACGCCCAGUACCCGCCUCAACACCAGGACACGUCUCCAUGGAGCCAAGAGCCAAGCCAAGCUCAAUCUCACAACCCAUUCAUGCAGGCUCAAUCUCAUGAACCUUCUCAACAGUCUUAUCAUCAGCAACAAACCCCCCAACCUUCUUACUCCGACCAGUCUUCCUAUCCUGGACAAGAAGAUGUUCCGCCAGGCCUACCGCCUCGCCGCACAGCUACGGAGAUGGCGCUGCCCACUGGACAGGACCGCUCACAUCAGAUUGAGGUGAUGCAGAGCUACGAGGCUGCGGGACGAAAAGAUGACGAUGACGAGAACGUCGAAGCGCUGCAGCGAGAGUUCCCAAAGAUCGAUGGAAGUCUGAUUGCGGCGAUCUACGGAGAUACCAAGAGCUUGAGCGCAACGAGAGAGAUGUUACACGAAUUGCAGUGA